UAGGGGCAACUCUGACAUUAGAGCCAAAAUAGAAGGGUAAAACUAUAAUUUCAAACAUUAACUGGUUCAAAUAAAAUAUUUGACUGCAAGUCCAUGCUCUGUAUCUCCGAUGAGCUCCCGAACCAGAAUAUCAAUGGCGGAUUCUCACAAUUUCAAAUAACCCAGAAUCACCCACAAAAGGCUUCAGUCUUUUCUCAACUCUUUUUGGUUCCCUAUCCAAAGAAGAGCUAUGUCCACCUCCACUUCCAGAUUCUUGUUCAGCAAUGGCGUCGUCUUGCACUCCUCCGACACUCCUCCAGUCACCACCUUCCUCGAAGCCCAUCCAGGUGCCUACACAACGACUCGUUCUCACGGAAACGCUUCCUACCUUUUGUUCUGGGAAAGACACUUGAAAAGACUCUGCCAGUCUAUUCGAAUCCUUUCUAAUUCGAAUCCUCAACUUCUAUUCGGACCCAGAAAAUUUUCACAUCCAUUCCCGUCUUUACCAACAAAUUCCUUGACAUGGGAAUCGUCGAUUCGGGAUAUGGUUCACGAUUCGUUGAGCAAAGUAUUGGAAAUUGCACUGAAAGAGAGGAGCAACGGAGAGGAACUAUCGGUUACAGCUAUAGUUACUGGGAAUUCGGAGAAGCUGAGUGAGAAUGAGAAUUUUGAUGAAGAGCAAGUUUCUAAGUUUCUUGACGUGCAUAUCCAUAUCGGUGUUUAUGUGCCUCCAGUGUUUGGUAUUGGGGGAAAGGGUGAGCUUCUGGCUAUGGUAGGUCGUGAGAGGGAGGUUGCCUCUGCAAAGCAUUCGGAUUGGGUAAGGAAAAGGAAACCUCUGGAGAACUUGAGGCCUCCUUCAGCUACUGAGCUGUUAUUGUCAAAUGAUGGUGAUCAUAUUCUUGAAGGCAGCUUGUCGAAUUUUUAUGUAGUCUGUCGCAAGAAUAAAUUUGAAGCUGAUGGAAAAUGCUUGGAUGAUCAUGAAAGUAUUCAUUGUUUUGAAGUUCAAACAGCUCCUCUCAGCAAUAGUGUUCUUCCAGGAACCAUACGCCAACUAAUCAUUGAGGUAUGCUUGUCCAAGGGAAUCCCCGUUCGAGAAGUGGCACCAUUGUGGUCAGAUCGUGAGAUUUGGGAAGAGGCAUUCAUCUCUAAUAGUCUGAGACUCCUGCAGCAUGUUGAGACAAUUUGUGCUCCAAGUUCAUGGGAUUCACUGCAUUUGAAAUCUUGGAAGGAGAUAUCAUGGAAUCAUAAGCACUUUAAGAAGGGUCCUGGGACAAUCACGACAAUGAUCCAGAAAGAGGUCAUGGAGAGAGCAGCUCUGGAAGGGUACUCAAUAAGUAACUUUAUAUAGAAGGUGAAAAUCUGUGUGUUGUAUAAACUUCUCGAGCUUCUGGCAAAGGAUCAAAUUCCUCCAUGCUUUUUGUCUAUUGUUGAUGCAGGGACAGGUUUUGACCAGCCCCUACCAUGUUUUUCAAUUUUCCCCAACUAAUUAGAAAGCUUUCCAUGAUCACAAAAACUCUCUCAUUUUAUAUAUUGAAGAUGGUGUAAAUUGGACUCUCAUGGAUUUUGUAUAUAAAUUUUAAUCUUUCAUUUGUUUUCAGAAAUAAAAUGGAAGCUUGCCCUAAA